AUGCGAACACAACAUGCAUUUAACUGUCCAAAAACUGAUGGCCCUGAAUAUGAUGAAACCUUUGCCAGAAGUAUCGCGCUUCCGCUAAUGGCUGCAGCUGCGGCACCAAGUGCAGAAGCGAGACAAGAUUGCCUAGACAGUAAUCUGAUCGGAGUUAAAGUGUUGAAGAACUAUACAGUACCAUGCAAUUUUGACAGAACGCUCGAUCCUUAUGGAGCUACUCUUGGUUUUGCAAAUAAAAUGACACUUAUUGACAAGCUUGGAGUUUCUGUUGAUGACCAUUACCAAGUCGCUUUUACAGCUUUAUGGCAACAAAUGGAGACUGAUAUUAAAAAAGCAAAAGAAAUUUCUUCCAGUCCGGAGAUUUGGGUUGUCGGACAUUCGUAUGGUGGUGGAAUUGCAAGUAUAUUUGCAGCUGCAAUUGCUUCUUCUGAAAUCGGUCCUUCAAUAUCAAUCAAACUUGUGACAUUUGGACAACCCCGAAUGUCGGACAUAACUUUUGCUCAGCAACACGACACACUGGUACCGUACUCAUUUCGAAUAAUAAAUAAGAAUGAUGUCAUCCCAACCUUACUGCCGAAAAAAGACAUCUUUGCCAAAAAAGGACCUUUUCAUCAUCGAUAUGAGGUUUGGUAUCCUGAUGGGAUGGCAGAAAACUCAACAUAUAAGGUUGGAAAAAUGGCCGAAGAUGGCGCAGCUAGUAAUUCGGUACUCAAUCUUUCACCAACUGAUCAUCUGUAUAUGUUUGAGAAGGAGAUUUCUACAUGGUGGAAAAAAAAGUGCAAAAAAUAA